AAAAAAAGCAAGAAAUUGUCGAGAAAAGUGUCACCAUUAUUCUUCUCUUUUCUCUCCCUCCAAAUCCAAACCUUCACUUUUCUCUUUCUUGGGAGAAUCAAAUUCCGCAUAACUUUUUUUUUUAUUAGGAACAAGAAAUUGUUGGCUUUUCUCCUUUUCUUCUGUACUGUUAAGUUUGUUUAUAUCACACUUUUUCUUUUCUUGUGUAUUUCUUUUGUACCUUAAAAAGGGGUUAAAGUUGGCAUCUUUGCUAUUUUUACUUAAGUUGGUUUAGUCCAAGAACCCAUUUUUAUCAUUUGGGAGGUUUCUUUUUUUCACUUUGGUGUAUGUUCUGUGUAGUGCAAUAUUUAUCUUCUUGAAUAUUUUUUUUUCAGUAUCCCAUUUUGCUCUUUGCAUUGAGCUUUGAUCUGGGAAUUUUCCCUUUUCUUGUAUGAUAAAGUUUUUCAAGUUCAAGAAUUGAUUUUUGUUCUUUGAAUUGAGCUUGUAUUUGUUUUUUGUUUGUUUUUUUUUGCUUUCUUUUGGGUUUUUGUUGAAGAAUCUUGGAAAUGGCUGAAGCUUCUUCAAAUGUUCGAUUGGUUCGUUGUCCUAAGUGUGGAAAUCUUCUGCCUGAGCUCCAUGACUUUUCUGUUUAUCAGUGUGGUGGUUGUGGUACUGUUCUCAGAGCGAAAAAUAAGGGGAUUUUGGACGAUGGCUUGUCAGAGGUCUCAGAUGGUGAAAAGAUUAGAGCAGUUCCUGAUAGAGGAGAUGUUUCUGUGAAUGUAGAUACUGCUUCUGACUUUGAUGAGGAACAUAGUGAUUUUCAACCUGGUAGGACAGAAGGGAGAAGUCAUAAUGGAAGAAUGGUUUCACUUCGUCGGGUCAUUUCAGGAUCCGAUGAUAAGGAAGUUUCGGAUGAUCUGGAUAAAGCCAGAGAGGGCGAAUCGAGUUCAAUUAAUUCGAGGUUAGAUAGGUUUAGAAGAGAGAACUCUUAUGAUUAUGAUGGAUGUAGUACUUCUAAAGUCAAGAGGGAUAAUAGUGUUGGGGUGGAUAAUUAUUGGGGAAAGAUUAAUACUGUUGAAUCUGUCGGUCUCAGUGUUAGAAAUGACCUUAAAAAUGUAAGGCCUUCGAUGGAUUCACUAGAUUCAGGACCACCUAUGAGCAGUCGGUACGUGGAAAGAUCUUAUGCAAAUGGUGCAAAUGGUGCAACUGUGACAAGGCAAGGGAAGUUCGGUGCUUCUCCAUAUCCUAAGGAAGGGCCUUUAGAAAAUGACACGGGUUCUUACUAUGGCUCUGUUAACCAUAGGAGGUACAAUGGUGGUUUGGAUGGGGUAGCUGGAGUUGAAGACUUGGAGAGCAAUAGAGCCGAGCUUUUAAGGAAGAUCAAUGAAUUAAAAGACCAACUUAGCCGGACUUGUGAUGUUUCUGAGAAACCUAAGGAUAGGGUUCCGGUUGAUGGAAGGAUUGCUUCAACAUCCGUUGAUCCUUCUAUCAGGUAUGAUGUGUAUAACCAUGGGUCUUAUGGUCCUAACAGACAUCCCCUAGGUCCAUCUAAGAAUGUUCAAGAGCGUCCAUACACAUACGGACAUCAAGGGAAUGUUCCUUACAAGGGUGCACGUGGUUCAAUGAUGCCAGACUCUUAUCCUUCGAACAGCUUUUCUCAGGAAUUUCUUGGAUAUGGAAUGGAAUAUCGCCAGCAAAUGCCCAGAAAGCCUCCCCAUCGGAUGCCGUAUCAGCAUUUUCCACCUACAUACCCUGAACAUUAUCCUGGGCAUCACAAUGAUAACUUCUUCAUACAACAUCCGCAUGAAACUCUUUUCCACCAAUCUGCAUGCUCUUGUUCACAUUGCUUGAACCAAAAUUAUCACAUUCCUCCUGUGAUUCAACCCUCUGGUUUUGUCAGCCGAAGGUCACGAAAUGGCCCUGCUAAUCCCAGUCUUAAUCACCACAUGAACUCUGUGGGUUAUGGUCCAGGGGGUUACACAUCUGAAGGCUCCUCUGCCCUUCAUAAUAAUUAUCAUGAAGGGUGGCGACUUACAAGAACUUCUAGUGACCUGGAGUCAGAAAAUGGUGGCCUUGGUCAUCGGCAUUAUCCUAGAAGAGUGGUUGUCACCCAUAGAGUUGGACGUGUAUGUCAAGCUAUAGCAGGUGGUGCCCCUUUCAUUACGUGCUGUAACUGCUUUGAGCUGCUGAAGCUGCCUAAGAAACUAAUGAUGACAGGAAAGAGUGAGAAGAGAAUGAGAUGUGGAUCCUGUUCGGCCGUAAUUCAGUUUGAACUUGGUAGCAAAGAGUUGGGUGCAUCCGUUCCUACACAAGUGAAACAACUGUCCGCUGAGUUUGCUCCUGGUACCAGCGAUUUGCCAAAUGAGAAUCUUCAAAACGCUAAUGGUUGUUUAGUGAACAAUGAGAUGAGCCCUUGGUCUGAUGAUUGUGAUGAUUCUGGCUACCAUUUCACUGAUGCUAAGCUAGAGUCACCUUCCAGGAGUCAGAAAUCAAAUUCCACUGAACUUGAGAAGAGGUAUAGUGCUCAUUCCUCACCAUCUAGUCUUUCUGAAGAUGAACUAAGCCCAGAGAAUGUGAUUGUUAGACAUGAUCUUGCUCACCGUGCUGAAAUGCCCCUAGAAGGUGAUCCUACACCGCUCCUAGAUUCUUCUCAAAACGAUCAUGCUUAUACUAUUUCUCCCAAAGACGUGGUAGAAAAAAACAGGAAGGAGGACAUGAAGGAGCACACUGAUCAAGAGAGAACCAUUACCUCUAGGCAGAAUUCCAUCAAAGAUGUAUCUACACCAGUGGAAAUGGAUGUCACGACGAAUGAAUUUGUACAUAGUGGUGUAUCUGUGGAAUCAAUUAAAUCAAGCAAAGAUGAAAACUUAUCAAAAAGCUAUAAGGGAGGUCAGUCCUUCAUGGGCUUUAUAAAAAAGAGCCUUGGUGAAUUAUCAAGAUCUCAUCAAAGUUCAGAGAAUGGAACCGCCAAUGUGUUUGUGAAUGGCAGACCGAUACCAGAUCGUGUUGUUAAGAAGGCGGAGAAGUUAGCAGGGCCCAUUCAGCCAGGAGAUUACUGGUACGACCACCGAGCUGGUUUUUGGGGUGUGAUGGGCCAUCCUUGCCUUGGCGUCAUUCUGCCAAAUAUUGAAGAAUUUAAUUAUCCAAUCCCAAAAGAUUGUGCUACUGGGAAUACAACGAUCUACGUGAAUGGACGCGAGCUCCAUCAGAAAGAUUUAGAUCUACUUGCAAGCAGAGGUCUCCCUACAACAAAAAAUAAGUCUUAUUUCAUCGAGAUUUCAGGAAGCGUGAUCGAUGAACACACUGGUGAAGAGCUUUACGACCUUGGAAAACUUGCUCCAACGGUUGAAAGAGUAAAGCAUGGAUUCGGUAUGAAAGUCCCAAAGGCAAUUGCGGAGCAGUUAUGUUAGUCGAAGGCACUUCAGCUGCUUUAUAUCGCUCGAGAAGAUAACGAUUUUCUUCUUUGGUAUGUAAACCUGAAGUGAAUCAGAUAUGAAGUUUGUAUUAACUAGACUAGAAUCUGCAGAUUUUUGUAAAAAAAAAAUUAUGUUGUUUAGUUAUUUAUUGAUUUUAUCUUCUUUAAUGUAGCCUUUCAUCAAUUGUAUCUGUACUAAAUCUCACACACUGUUCAGUUCUGCUUUGUUAUAUGAGUAGAAUGUUAACAAACUGUGUGAUGGAACAACAUCAAAGAGAGAAUUGUGGAUUUUGUUACUCACA